AUGGGUACUGCUGCAAGCGUCCAUGGAGGAGGUCGUAAAUGGAAACGAAAAGUUAAGUCAAUGCAUGAAUCACAUGAAAAUGCAAACAAUAUGAAUGAUAAACACAAAGAUAACAAUGCGCCUAAUGAGAAUGAAAAUAAUUUGGAAACAGCGCAGAACAAAGGAGUAAAUAAAACAGACCAUUGUAUACGAGCAGACAAGACAGCAGCUAUUGUUGUUCAUGGAUGUGAAGAAGAAUAUCAAACACUUGUCGAAGAGUUGCCUGAAAUCAUUGUGAAACAACUUGGACCUAAUAUGAUUGCACAUCCUAUGAUACAGGGGAAAUAUUGUCUUGUGAGAGAUGACGAGGAGGAUGAGGACCAUUUAGUCAAUUUACAAGCGAAUACAAAGAAAUCAGUGGUUGAACAAAAGUCGAAACUUCAGUUACCUGUUUGUGGCAUGUCUCAGCCAUCAUUUGAAGGCAUAAAACAAAAGCUGGACAGUUUGCUCAAUCAUAAAUGUCUAGUAGUCAAUGUCCGAAGUGAUCCUUGCCUGUUCACAUUUGAAAAAGGUGACUGGUAUCCAUAUGCUAUCAGAGACUAUAGGUCAGUUCAAAAUAUAGUGGAAGAUCCACACCAAACUGGUAUUGACUUGCAGGAAAUGGAGGUGAAAUGUCGUGAGGAAGUAAUCAACACUGUAAAGGCUAAAAGAGAAAGUGUAUUUUAUUUUUAUGAUGAUAUUACAUUCUUUGAAAAUCAACCUGUUGCACACGUAGCUACAGCACCAGAUUAUCUGCUUGUCGGUGAAGAAGUCUACUUUGGUGCUAUUGUAGGAAAACAUGGAAUACGAUAUAUAAGGCUGAAUUUUGUACCUGGACGAUUUCCCCUAGAAGAAGAAGUCGACAGAUUUGUAGAUGAAUUACGCCAUGUUUGUUCAGAUUCCCUGCCCAAGCAUAUUCUUAAUCGGAAUGCACCGCAGCCAUCAACCCAACCAGUACGUGAACAAAACAAUUUCAACGCUAUUAUACAUAAAAUGGAGUUACCGUAUAUUUUAGUCACUGGGCAUAAAAUGACUGAAGGUUCUAUACAACUUGGUUUGGUUAUGGCACAUUUAGCAUUAAAAGCAUUAGGAAAUAUCUUCGUUUCAAUCAAUCCUGAUAGUUUACAGAAAGAAUUAAAAGCUUUUAGUCAAGUACUGAAUCUGCAUUCAGCAAAUGCUAAUCAAGUUCCGAAGCAAACUACAAGUAAUCGUACGAAGACAGAUAUUCCUGGCAAAAAAAAUAUAAAAGGUUUUGAUGAAGUAUCCUAUGCAAAAACUAUUAAUCAGUUAAAGAAGGGAAAAUUUUAUUUCACACGACAACUCGGCCGAUAUCUACCCUUUAUGGCGCAAAUUAAAGAUGAGGUUGAUCAGGCUAUUGAUGAUUUCGAUGAUACAAUAAAUUUACGAGAACAAAUAACGGAUUCGCUCAUUGAAUUAGGCGAACUUAGAGAAACAGAUGAAAGUGAUAAACUGUCAAUGUGUAAAAUACUGUAUGAAAAAGCUAUUGAUCAAAUGGAAAGAUAUCACUUGUUAAUCUGUUUCAAUGCAUACCUUCGAGAACAGGUACAAGUACGGUUUAGUGAAAACUUUUCAACAUGGAUGAAACAACAACCUCGUCUUUACCAAAUUAUGGACUUUUUGGAUGUAUCUGAAUGGUAUGCUUCCGUCGACAUGUUGAAGUAUGAACAUCGUGUGUUGGUCACAGAUAGCUCACUUCAUAUAGACGAAUUGAGUACACGACGAAUAACUGGCCUGGAUAAUUUUCGUCAAUUAGCAGGACUACCAAUUUAUGGGUCAAGUCAACCAGAUACAAAAGGUAUCGUCAAUAUGCACAAUGUACUUACAAAAGCUUAUUGGGAUAUAUCACUUAAAAAUGUCAGACCAAUCACUGAAUCUGUAUCGAAAAGGGGAUCAGAAAAAUCCUCAAAUAGUAGGGAUACCAACAGUUAUGCUGUUAUAAUGCCUCAAAUGAUAUGGAUAUGUUUACGUGACGAUUAUGUAAUUAAAUACGCAGGAGAAACAUGUAGCUGGAGAUCAAAACGAAAACCAGAAGACCCUAUUCUACUGCGAGGUGUCAGUGGCAUGGAACUUGAGGAGAUGGAACAUAAAUUUACACAGGCAGUUGGAAAGAUUAAACCUCCGUGUAAAUUAUACCAAGUGAAUGACAAUGGUAAUUUAUCAACCGUGAAUAUUAGCUCAUCUGGAGAAAAACCGGAAGUUUUAAGCCUAAAACAAAUGUUUAAGCACGCGUUUGAUCCAUCUAACACAGUGAACAAUAGUUCAAAUGGUAGUGCAUUAGACGCUACUUCAACACAUAGUUCCGUGUUUGACAAAAUUCCUGAUUCAUAUGCAGUUUAUUUAAACGAACAUGCAGAAUAUCACCGCAUCCCACUACCACAUUAUAGUCAGCCACCUCCGCCUAUUUUCGAUAACAUACUUCGUUUAAUGCUUACUAAUGCUCGUGGUCUUCUGGCUAGUGCAAAUUCAUCUCUAUCCUUAAAACAUGCUUGCAAUGGCCAAACUUCCUUGCACAGGUCAGGAAGACGAUCUAUAUUCAAUCCUGUGUUAAAAGAGGAUUUACAGUUGCCAAGUCCAUCAAAUGCACUAUUGAUCAGGGUGUCCGUAACAAAUUUAUUGUUUUUCUGUGAAAAUGGUCGUGAACGAACAAGUUUAGCCAUGUCUAUAGCUAGCCUUGUAUAUUGUCAUCUAUUUGGAUUUAUGUUUGGUUAUCGAGUUGAAGAAGAGGAACGUAUUUCAUUACGUGAUGCCAAGUAUACCAAAGGGGAAUUCGUUAUUAUUGGAAGACUAAUUCGUAUGUUACCUAGAGGCCAUCAGUUAAAACGUGAAGUUGACUAUGUGCUAGAUAGAUGUUAUGAAUCCAUGUCAAUGAUGCAUUUUCAUACAAGGGAGGAGAUUUAUUUUACAUAUGUGAAGGCAAGAGAUGAAAUUAAUCAAGAAAAGAAAUUGAAGCUUCGUAAAAGAAGUUUAGCUUAUUUAGAGAAAUACUUCUUUCUGAUCCUUUUCAAUGCAUACCUCCAUGACCAACAACCUCAAAGAUGGAAACUCCCGUUUGAAACGUGGAUACAACAGGUAACACAUCAAGUAAGCUUUAUGAACUUACUCGACAAUUUUGGUUUUCCAGAAUUUGAAGAACCUGAUAAACUUCGACGUAUUCGAGAACGUUGGAGGCCAGAUUUUAUACCACACCCAACUUUGGUUGGAAAUUUUGCCUAAUUUAAUUAUUGUUAUUAUUAUUCACCAUUACUGAGCACAAAUUCC